UCCUGCAAAUCCUCGUAAUCCACGUGCUAAGAUGCGCCACCUUGACAUUCUUUGCAUUACUACGCACCUCCUCCUCCCUCUUUUUUUAAAAUCACACACACUCGCUCUAAUCUAUCUCUCUGAGUACUGUUUUCGUGUUCUAAUAGUCUAAGCAGAAAGCUCCGCCUUUUUUUUUUUGUUGGAAAAAAAAAUCUUUAUUGUGUGUAUUCUACUUUUUAAUUUUUCUUUCAACAGUUUAAAGCUGCAACGAAAUCGCCAUAUACAGAAAGAGUGUGCGCAGGAUAAGAGCUUACACACUCUUUCUAGUUUGAACACAUUAUAGGAGAUUAGUAGAGUUUCAGAUAUAGGUAAAAGGAGGGAGCUUUUGAGGGAGGAGAGGGAAAAGAAGAAGGGAAUCACAGAGGUGAUGAUGAUAUAUGGAGGGGGUUCAUUGAAAGGUCGGUUUCUUUAAGGGUGAUAAAAACAAGCACUUGAUAAUAACCAAGGCAUACAAAUAGAGGGAGAGAUAAAGAGAGAGGAGGAGACCCACUCCCCUGCUUCGUUUCGCGUGCUUUGAUGCAAAAUGAUGGGUUUUCGUUCUUGUUAUAUCAAAAGGCCCACCUAAAAAAGAUUUCCCUAAGUUGCCUUUUUGCAGGUUGUGUUCCUUGAUUUUGGACUCCCUGAAGGGGGAGGGCCAGAGGCUUCUCGUUGCAUUGGUCUUUUUGGGUCACCCUCAGAUUCACAUGACAUGGUUUAAUCAAUCGUUCUUUUCCUUUUCUUCCUUUGGAGAAACGCAUAUGUGAUUUCAAGGGGGAGGUUUUUUAUUGGCGGGUGAGGUUGUUUUAAGUUGCAAUUGUGGGUUUUGGGUAGGGACGUGAAGAUGGGGUUUUCUUCUCAUUUCUUCUGGUUGGAGUAGAGGGUGUACGCAUUUCAAACAGAAGCACAUGAUGAUGGGUUCUGUUGAAGAGAAAAUCAAAGCAGGAGGCUUGGUUGGUGGAAUACAGACCAAUCUGCUCGAGGAAAUGAAGUUGUUAAAAGAAAUUCAGGACCAUUCUGGGACUCGCAAGACUAUAAACUCGGAGCUGUGGUACGCAUGUGCUGGUCCACUUGUUUCUUUGCCUCAGGUUGGAAGUCUUGUGUAUUAUUUUCCUCAAGGACACAGCGAGCAGGUGGCAGUUUCCACUAAAAGAACAGCAACAUCACAAAUUCCUAACUACCCAAAUCUCCCUUCCCAGUUGCUUUGCCAAGUUCACAAUGUUACCCUACAUGCAGACAAAGAUACAGACGAGAUCUAUGCCCAAAUGAGUCUUCAGCCAGUGAACUCUGAAAAGGAUGUCUUUCCCAUACCGGAUUUUGGACUAAAGCCCAGUAAGCAUCCAACUGAAUUUUUCUGCAAAACCUUGACAGCAAGUGAUACAAGUACACAUGGUGGAUUCUCAGUGCCGCGAAGGGCAGCAGAAAAGCUUUUUCCUGCAUUGGAUUACACCAUGCAACCACCAACUCAAGAGCUUGUUGUCAGAGACUUGCAUGAUAAUACCUGGACAUUUCGCCAUAUAUAUCGCGGGCAGCCUAAGCGGCACCUUCUUACAACUGGGUGGAGCAUAUUUGUUGGUACAAAAAGGCUUAAAGCAGGUGACUCUGUUCUGUUUAUCAGGGAUGAGAAGUCACAGUUAUUGGUGGGUGUGAGGCGUGCAAAUCGUCAACAAACAAUGCUGCCAUCAUCAGUUCUAUCUGCUGAUAGUAUGCAUAUUGGUGUCCUUGCUGCUGCAGCUCAUGCUGCUGCCAAUCGGAGCCCAUUCACCAUUUUUUACAAUCCAAGGGCAUGCCCCUCGGAGUUUGUCAUUCCUUUAGCUAAAUACCGAAAAGCUGUGUAUGGGACUCAAGUUUCAGUUGGUAUGAGGUUUGGAAUGAUGUUUGAAACAGAGGAGUCAGGCAAACGCAGAUAUAUGGGUACCAUAGUUGGUAUUAGUGACUUAGAUCCACUGAGAUGGCCCAGUUCCAAAUGGCGAAAUCUUCAGGUAGAAUGGGAUGAGCCAGGGUGUUCUGAUAAGCAGAAUAGGGUAAGUUCAUGGGAAAUUGAGACUCCUGAAAGCCUCUUCAUUUUUCCUUCUCUGACUUCCAGUCUCAAACGGCCCUUGCAUUCAGGAUUUUUAGGAGGAGAAACUGAAUGGGGGAACCUGAUGAAAAGACCCCUUAUUUGGAAUGGAAAUGGGAAUUUUCCAUAUUCAUCAAUUCCAAAUCUGUGUUCUGAGCAAUUAUUUAAGAUGCUAAUGAAACCUCAAGUUGUUAACCAUCCUGGAGCUGGAAUGUAUGAGUCUGCUCUCCCAGAAGUCUCUGCUUCCAAGGGUGCUUCUUUAGAUGAUGUUAAGGCCAUGCAGGGAACGGUCAAUCAGAUGCCUCAGGCUAACCAAUCAGUAGCUAUGUCAGUUGAAAAACAAACACCAGAUGGAAUUAGUAUAGAAAAGAUAAAUUCUGAACUUGACCAUUCUACAGAUCAGUUAAGCCAGGUAACCUCAACCGGAGAAUGCAAUGAGGACAAACCACCCUCAAGUCGUACAAAUCUGCAGAACUGUGGUAACCAGCUGGAAUUUCAAAACCAGAACCAGGCUCUAUUGCAUGCACAAAGCAGUCUCUGGCCUGUACAACCAUUGUUGGAGCCUUCUGUCAUGCACCCCCAGCAAAUUAAUAUACCCCAAGCUGAUUCUAAUACCCUAAAUGGUUCACUGCCUUUCCAAGAUGCUGAUGGAUGGAUUUCAAACCCCCCUUCUUGCAUCUCUCUCCCUGGGAUUUAUGGAUCAUCAGGGGCUUUGUCGAUGUUUGGGCUGCAAGAACAGUCAGCCAUACUCCCAGACCCCUCUAUACCUUUAAUGAAUCAGGAUUUGUGGGAUCAGCAACUGAACAAUUUGAGAUUUUUACCCCCAGCUAGCCAACUCGUUCCUUUAGCUCAGCAAGAACCCUGUAGUCUUAAUUCAUGUGGAACAAAAGAUUUAUCCGAUGAGAGUAAUGAUCAAAGUGGGAUUUAUGGCUCUCUUAAUUUUGAUGUUGGCAAUGGGGGUAGUGCCGUAAUUGAUCCUUCGGUGUCAAAUGCCAUUUUGGACGAUCUCUGUACGUCAAAGGAUGUUGAUUUUCAGAAUCCUUCAAAUUGUCUGGUUGGCAACUUUAACUCGAGCCAGGAUGUUCAGUCUCAGAUUACUUCAGCAAGCCUGGCAGACUCGCAAGCUUUCUCACAGCAGGACUUUCCAGACAGCUCAGGUGGCACACCUUCUAGCAAUUUGGAUUUUGAGAAGGGCAAUUAUAUGCAGAAUAACUCAUGGCAGCAAGUUGCUCCACGAGUGCGAACAUACACAAAGGUUCAAAAGGCCGGCUCAGUUGGUAGAUCAAUAGAUGUCUCAAGUUUUAAAAACUAUGAAGAAAUAUGUUCUGCAAUUGAAUGCAUGUUCGGACUUGAGGGGCUGCUUAAUAAUCCAAGAGAGUCUGGGUGGAAGCUGGUAUACGUUGACUACGAGAAUGAUGUUCUACUUAUUGGAGAUGAUCCUUGGGAGGAAUUUGUUGGCUGUGUACGUUGCAUAAGGAUUCUGUCACCUUCAGAAGUUCAGCAGAUGAGCGAGGAGGGAAUGAAGCUUCUUAACAACCCUAAUAUCCAGGGCCUCGCUGCUUCCAUUACAGAAGGUGGCCGUGCUUGAGAUUGUGCUUGACAUUGAACAAUGGCGUUACCCAAAGCAACUUCUUUGAAUGGUGUAACAUCUCGAUCGACUCUUGCCAAGUUUACGAUUUACUGAUACCACAGUGACGGUGAGUGAUGUGGGCACUACUGUGUUAGAAUGGCUUUAGAUGUAAUCUAUGAAAUAUGAGAUGACAUUUGUUCACGUCAUGCAUGAGAUACUUUAUAAUAUCGUGUUGUACAAGCCCUUUUAGUUUGCUAUGUGGUGGUAAUUACAUAAUGGAUUUUUUUUUUCUUA